UUAGCCGCCAAAACCAGCAGCCUAGUUUCAACACAAGUGGCGAGCGAAGGAAAAGAGAGUCAUAUCACUGGCCGACGAAGUUCAUCAAAAGGGCGAAAUCAGGUUGUGAAAAUGUUGGCCUUGGUGGUGUUCGUGUUCGCUACAUGUUGGCUGCCUUAUCGAGCUAUGGUGGUGAACAACUCGUUUCGUGACGAAAAAUGGAACUCGGACGGGUUUGUUUUGUUCAUUUUAGUCCUGAAAUUAAUUCAAUAA